UUUUUUUUUUUUUAACUCGGCAUUUAAUGAAAUAUUUUGGAGAAACAAACACUAUUUUGUUCGGUUUUGAACGUCGAUGUUUCUGCAAGACGUCCGCGCCUCCGCGCUGCCUCUCGUUCAUCUGGCAGAGGAGAGGAGCCCGCGUCCGGGGACACAAUGAGGCAGGGCGUCCUUGUCCGACACAAUGCAGCAGCAAGAUGCUACGAAGGGAAGACACUGUUUCUCACAGGACCGGGGGACCUUUUGCGCGACUGCAGAGAGAGAGAGAGAGAGCAGCUGAAGAAUGAAGCUUUAGCCUCUGCAUGACAAGCUAUGACCCACACACAGACCAGACCCUAGACAUCCAAGUACAAAGCCAGGACUCAAGAAUGAAGACUAAAUAUGCAAUCGUCUUCAUCUGUAUCGUUGCCCUGGUCAUCAUCGAAAAGGAAAGCAAUAUCCUGUCAAGGGUCUCUGAUAAGCUGAUCCUGAGGCAGACUCCUCAGCAGACCCCGCAGACUCCACUGGAUUACAGCAACACGACACAAAAUGGCUCCCUGACGGUGCUCAAAAUGUUGCUUUCUAAGCUCACUGGUACAAAAGGGAAUUUCUCUGAGGAGCAAGAGGAGGAUGAAUUGGAUGAUUUAGACACGUACAGUUAUAGUGGUGGCCGUAAGCACAUAUUACUCUUGGCCACCACACGAACAGGUUCCUCAUUUGUGGGGGAGUUUUUCAACCAGCACGGGGAGAACAUGUUCUACCUGUUUGAGCCUUUGUGGCAUGUCGAGCGCAUGCUGACCAUGGCCGCAGAGGCAAACAAUGGGACAGUGUUGGCAGGAAUCUACCGGGAUGUACUCCAGGGGCUCUUCUUGUGUGAUUUCUCUCCUCUUGAGAAGUUCAUCUCUCCCCCACCUCAGGACCACGUCACCCCAGCUCUUUUCCGCAGAGAGUCUAGUUUAUCGCUCUGUGAAGAACCUGUCUGCACUCCUGUAAUCAAAGAUGUUUUUGAGAGGUAUCACUGUAAGACCCGUCGCUGUGGGCCGCUGAACUUGACCCUUGCAUCUGAAUCCUGCCUUUCCAAGCAACAUCAUGCCAUUAAGACUGUCCGUGUGCGCCAGCUGGACACAUUACAGCCUUUGGUGGAGGAUCCUCGCCUGGAUGUAAGAGUGAUCCAGCUAGUCCGAGAUCCACGGGCCAUCUUAGCAUCCCGCAUGGUGGCUUUCUCUUCGAAGUACCAGACGUGGAAGGCCUGGGCGCAGGACGGCCAGGUCCCUGAAGAUGAUGAGGAGGUGAAGAGGCUAAAAGGAAACUGUGACCAAAUUAGGAUGUCUGCAGAGGUGGGACUGAGCCAACCUCGCUGGCUGAGGAGCCGCUACAUGUUAGUGCGUUAUGAGGAUAUUGCCCGCUACCCUAUGCAGAAGGCAGAAGAUAUGUACAGGUUCACGGGGAUUCCAUUUAGUCCCCAAGCUAGGGAAUGGAUUCUGAGGAACACCCAGACUACACAGGAGGCUAGUGGGAUUUACUCCACCCAGAAGAACUCAUCAGAGCAGGCAGAGAAAUGGAGGUUUAGCAUUCCAUUUACACUGGCUCAGGUAGUGCAGAGAGUGUGUGGACCCACCAUGAAGCUGUUUGGGUACAAGUUUGUGGAUGAUGAAAAGACACUGAUCAAUAAGUCCAUCAGUUUGCUUGAGGAAAGACUGUUUCACUAGUUUUAAGGUCACACUGCACACGAUGGAUCGGAGCCAGGAAGCAAAGGUUCCAUGAAAGACACAAAAAUGUUUUACUGGUGACAGUAAAUGGGCCAAACAGUUAUAUUCAUAUACUCACCGAUGAUGUGCCUCAUUGUAACAAUGAAGAGCCACUUGCUGAAGAGCAGUAUUUAUUUACAUACGGUUUUCACUGAGUAGCCUAGUACUUAAGCUUUAUGUCAUGCUCUGUGAUUCAUUUAUACGAAAUAAGCAUAGAUAUCAAGGCUGACAGAUUGUCUAAGAUUAUUAUGUAAGAUUUUAUUGAUAGUUGAUUGUAUUUAGAUUUUCAGGGAUAAACUACAGCGAAAGUGAAAGUGAUGUUUUGUUUGUGCUUGUGUGUCUGGAAGAGUGGAUGUUUCUACUCAUAUGGUUAUUAACGCUAGUGCUUAAUACAGCCUAGUUCAACCUGUUUUGUAUGUUCAUAGAUCUGCACUAGACUAGGCAACUGAUAUAAUCAGUUUAGAUUAGAUUAGACCUGAUGUGCAUUGAUAGGGCUUUGCAUACCUGAAUCAGGUAAAGUGAAUGUUGAAUUGUAUUUUGUGGUGUCUUCACGAGGAGUAUUCAUAUCCACUUAAAAGUACACUGUGAAAAUACAGUUUAAUCUCUAAUGUCUUUAACCCAAUGCUAUUUAAAUCACUUCUCUUGGGAUGUAAUUCACGUGAGCAACCAGAAAAUACCAGAAAAAAAAAAAAAAUCUCAAUUAAGAUGGAUAUAAAAUAUAAUACUCAACAAAUAAUACUCAGUAUUCAACAUUCAAGUGCUGUUUCUCGCAGUAGCUAGCCAGUAGCCAUAGUUGUAGUAAUGUAUUUCCCAGCGCUGCUUCUCCACCUCUAAGUAAACAGGCAGUUUGGGUGUCAUUUUACAAAAGCAGCUUCUCUGGUAAUAACCUGCUGCUGUUAAGUGUGUUCAUGGACACAUGAGUGAAAUUGUUGUGGAAGGAGUUUUUAAUUACUUCCCAUUUAAAGCAAUAAAAUAAUCCGAAAUAUUAAGACAUGCAAAAUUCUGUUAUAAGUGUUGAGAUUCUUGUAUAUUGAUGGUUUUGGUGCCAAAUAAUAUAUACAAUGUACUUACGUACUGUAACUGCAUUAAUGUGGCCUGUCACUUAAAUGAAACCCAGGUGCUGUUGCAUUAAAUGUCACUCUUGAUGGUAUAUAAAGGUAUCCACUGUGACUCUAGUUCAAUGGCAGCAUUGUGUUCAGGCUGGCUGAGGCACUGCUGAAACUGCUGUGCUGCUCAUGGAAAAGGGGUAUGCAUUACAGGUACAUAUAGUGGUGGGCUUAGUGUAGAAAACAUAAAUAUGAAUACUGGCAGGCCUUGAGUUGCCCAGACUCUCUACUUGAGAAUUUAAGGCAAAAAGAAUACUGUGAAAUACCAGGUGCAACUGAAACAAUGGUUGCAGUCAGAGUAUGCAUUCAACUAAUUCAGAUACCCAAAGUAGCAAUAAUAAUAUGGGAGCAAUACAGUUUUGCAGUUAUUCCUUUGUCAUAAAGAUAUGUAAACUUUCAGCUGUCCAUCCAUGUGCUCAGCAUGUUCCAGGCAAUUAUCAUUUGGUUAAAGUCUGGCUCAAUACACUACAUCUGUGCCAGGCUAUCACUCCCUUUGAAAUUUUAUACUUAAGUAAAACAAUUAAUGGUUGGAUCAGACUGAGGAUACAGGUGGGCAGUGGGAAAUGGUUAGAGACAUGUCUCUGGAUGUUUUGAUACUUUUCUCUGCUGUGAAAAUGUGUCACCAUUGGAAUGUAUAGCAACCUUAAUAAAUUCAAGAUGACCACAGCUGCUUUUCUUUGCAAACAAGCAAAACCAAGAUCUUAGAGCCUCAUUUUAACACUAUAGAGACUGAAUGUUUGAUACUCAAAAGACUUUUGGUCAAUAAUAAUUUAAAGGAUGAACUCUCAUUGAAGAAGAGGGUAUUGGUUUCAUAGGUUGACAAAGUUAUGAGUUUCUUGUAAACACUGUGUUUACAAGAAACUCAUAACUUUGUCAACCUAUGAAACACUGACUUGCUGUCAUUGUUUACUAUUAAAACUUUUUUGUUUAGUCACUUUCUGGUUAUUCUUGCAGAAGAAACCAAGGGCCUGUGCACAGAUUAUGCUUA